CCUCAGGUGAUUGUGAUGUCUUCUGGCCGUGCAGUGAAAAGGAGAAUCCAGUUGUUAGACGAUGACCCAGCUCAGCAGACAUUCAGAAUGGUGAAGUAUGAAGAUGAACUUGAUCUGUUGGCUGUGGUAGACAUCACUCAGACUGAAGAUGAAGGACAGGCCCAUCUUCAUCUACAUGACAAUAAGACGGGGCUUUUAAUGAAGAGAGUUCCUCUAAAAGAGCCAUGGGAUGUGACCUACAGUCACGAGGUUUACUUUGAUAGAGACACGAUUAUUCACACUGUCCAGGAGAAAAAUAACUCAUUCUGCUGCCAUGUUUCUAAAAUGAGCUUCGGAUUAACCAUGAGCACAUUUCAUAUUUCUGUAUGUGAUGAUUAAUAAUGAACUAUAGUGCAUUUCUCCA